UGAUAAUAUGAUAUCUGCUGCCGCUAGCCCACCCUCCUCUCACGCUCCCAGAAUUUAAAACAUGUUGUCGAAUACGUGACCUUCACUAUUCAUACGUUUGCCAUAUACUUCUGCUUAUCAGGUUGUGGGUGCUGCCUUUCUUAGCUGAAAGAGAACCAAAAGAUUCCUACUGUAGCUGCACUUUCUGCGCUUUGCAUUUUUAAUUUUACACUAUUUGACAUACAACAGACUUCCUUAGAAUGAUUUCCUCUAUUACAAAAUCUACUCUUCAUCUUUUAUCUACCAAAAGACUCUAUGUGGGGAAAUCAUUUUUGAGAUGUCUCAGUGGACCACCCAUCAUUCAAGAACCUGUUGCUCAACCAAUUAAUUUGGUGAAUGAACCUAUCCUGGAUUAUUUUAAAGGCAGUUCAGAAAGAUCCUUACUAGAAGAUGCAUUGCAACACAGACAGUCCACUUGUGAAGAAAUCCCAAUUGUAAUUGCUGGCAAGGAAUAUUGGACUGAUGAUGUUCAUUACCAAACGAUGCCAUCUAAUCACCAGAAAAAGAUAGCAAAAUUUUGUUAUGCUACUCCUGAAUUGCUGCAAAAAUCCAUCAGUGCUUCAUUAGAAGCUAGAAAGUCAUGGGAGAAGGUUCCUUUGCACAAAAAAAUUGAUAUUUUUCUAAAAGCAGGAGAUUUGGUAUCUACAAAAUACCGAAGCCAGCUUAUUGCGUCAACAAUGCUAGGCCAAGGAAAAACGGUAUUUCAAGCUGAAAUCGAUGCAGCUUGUGAAUUGGCGGACUUUUUAAGAUUCAACGCAGAAUUUGCUCAGAGGUUGUAUGAUUACCAACCCGUGAAUGUCGAUCCGUAUAUAAGGAAUUCAGUACGGCACAGAGGACUCGAGGGAUUUAUUGCUGCCGUUUCACCUUUCAAUUUUACAGCAAUAGGAGGAAACCUUGCAUAUGCUCCUGCUAUUAUGGGAAAUGUGGUGCUCUGGAAACCGUCGGACACAGCAAUGUUAUCUAAUUAUAUCGUGUUCCGAUUGAUGGAGGAGAGCGGAAUUCCGCCUGGUGUUGUGAAUUUCGUACCGGCAGAGGGGCCUACAUUUGGCCGUGGUAUUACCACCUCUCCCCACUUAAGUGCCAUUAAUUUUACUGGAUCUGUUCCAACAUUUCACUGGUUGUGGAAGCAAGUAGGACAAAAUGUGGACCGUUUUCGGAAUUUACCGCGGCUGGUUGGCGAGUGUGGAGGGAAGAACUAUCAUUUUGUCCAUUCUUCUGCAAACGUCGAACACGUCGUUAACUCUACCCUUCGUGGUGCUUUCGAGUAUUCUGGGCAAAAGUGCUCGGCAUGUUCCAGGCUUUAUGUUCCAUCUUCGUUGUGGAAACAGAUAAAAGAAGGCCUCGUAGAGGGUAUGAAGCAAAUGAAAAUUGGACCGGUUACCGAAUUUGAUACCUUCACAUCAUCAGUCAUUGAUGAACGGGCGUACAAUCGCAUAGCCUCCUACAUCAAACACGCUGAAGAGGCCCCUCACCUCGAAAUCAUUGCUGGGGGACAUCGAGAUAAGAGUGUCGGUUAUUUUAUUCACCCAACGUUGUUAGAAACCAAAAAUCCGCGGGAUCGCAUAAUGGUUGAGGAGAUUUUUGGGCCUGUGCUUACUGCAUUCGUUUAUGACGAUAACGCAGUGGAGGAAACAUUAGAACUAGUUGAUUCUUCUACAUCCUUCGCGUUAACGGGAGCAGUGUUUGCAGAGGAUCGUGAAUUCCUAGUACAAGCCGCAGAACGCCUAAAAAUGUCUGCUGGAAACUUCUAUAUCAACGACAAGUCAACUGGCGCUGUUGUCGGCCAGCAACCUUUUGGAGGGGGUCGGUUGUCAGGAACUAACGACAAAGCGGGAAGCCCGCAUUAUUUGCUUCGGUGGACAAGUCCACAGGCCAUCAAGCAGUCUUUCAAUCAUCUGACACAGUUCAGGUAUCCUCAUAUGGAAAAAUAAAUCGUUCUUGAAAUAAAAAUAGCGACAAUCAUUUUAACUCAAACGACGAGCACAAGUCGUCAGAAACUUUGUCGAACUUUUUGGCAGUUAAAGUGUUAGUAAAUAGAUCGAAAAUUGUCUUUAAAAUUGUUAGAAUUAUUCUCUUUGUAAACACUAUCAUUUUUUAUCUAGUCUGCCAAUCCAAAUAUAUGUUUUAAUGGCAAACAUACGCCAUUAGUUCUUUA